AUGGCUGAAGACCGUGAUACGGACCCAAGGACCUGUUUCCAGGUCAACGACCUCUAUGAAAACAAGAACCUCUACAUGGUGGUCGACUGUCUGUACGCGCUCGGCGGGAGUGGUGAGUGGGCGGGGCCGGAGGCUCAGAAGAAGGGCUUCGACGGCCCAGUGCUGGGUGUGAAGGUGGCCAACGAGAACAAGCGGAACUUCAGCCAGGCCGUGCUGCGGAAGGGCGAGCAGGUGAUCGGCCUGCAGUACGGCAGCAACCAGGGCGCCAACCAGUCCGGCAUGACCGCAUACGGCGCCGGCAGACAGAUCCUCCCCAACGGACGCUAG